AUGAAACUGCCCAGGGCACCACGGGUCUUAGCAAACCCGAAUGUGGUAGUAAUUGGAGGCAUCUUGGAGCAUCUCAUGUUAGUAAACGAGACCCAAGUGGAAUCAAAUAAUGCCGCAACCGGCCAGCCAAUAUUCUCACCGGGACCAACAUCAAUAGGAAGUCUAGACUUCGGUCAACAAAAUACGCUUAUAAAUCCUAAAGAACCUUCACAUACAAUGGCAACCGUAUUUGUUACUGUCGGGACUACGCAGUUUGAUGACCUGGUAGUUGAGGUAAACAAACCCUCGUUUCACAUAGCCUUGUGGCUGAUCGGGUACCGUAAACUCAUUGUGCAGUAUGGAAACGGAACUAUAAUCCCAGAAUCACCUUCAGCUGAAUCCAUUAAAGAGGUGUUUGAACGCUUGAAAUGCCAUGGUACCAAACGUGAUAUACAACCACUUGUCCUGGAAGCAUUUCGCUUCAAAAGUGAUCUAGAAUCAGAAUUUUUGGCUGCGUCUUUGGUUAUUAGUCACGGAGGCGCUGGAACUUGUCUCCGUGCGCUGACACCGGGUGGCGAACGUCGACUCAUCGUCGUUAUCAAUGAAACUCUCAUGGGAAACCACCAAGAAGAACUAGCUAGUGCACUCUCUGAAGGAAGGCAUGCGCUAGCUACGACGCCAUCUAAACUUAUCGGUUUUCUCCUUCAGGACUCUGAAGCAAUUCAAAUUCCCUCUCAGGUAAGUAACCACAUUAUUAGGGUCAACUUCCCUACCGAUACUUUUUAUGAGAUGUCUCAUCGUUUUCAUUAA